AUGGCACCAUUCUUGUCCCUUCAUAAAAUUGCUCAAACUCCAGUCACUUUAACUAGUGUUACAUCAGGAUUAAAUAAAACAAUUUGUAUGGGUAAUUCACAAAAUGUUAAAAAAAAUAAUAUUUCACCAAAACCAAUAGUAAUCAGUAAAUUUGGCAAUGAUAUAUUUAAAAAUGAUAAAUCAAAUGACAUCAAUUUCUCAAAUAUUUCUGGAAUGAAGACAUACAAAUUUACAUCAUCACCAAAAAUCUCAAAAAAAAGUGUUAAAGUAUUUCAUAAAAAAGUUUCAGAAAUUCAAAAAAUUGCCACUUCAAAACCACCAAAUCUUGAAGAAGUAGCAUUUCUUCAAAAUGACUGGAAAUCUUUUAACCUUGAUUCUAAUGGUAAAAAAGAUAAUAAUAUUUAUAUAUUAAAAACAAAACCAGUUGAUAAUACUAAUUUCACUCCAUUUGACAUUAAUCGUUUUUUAACGGAUCGAAUUGCAGAAGAAUUGGAUAUUGAUCCUAAAGUAUUGCAUUACAGUUCUUAA